UCUUGGCAUUGGCCGGCCAGCCAGUCAGCCACCGACUCCGUACGGCGGCACACGUGCAGAUAUAAUAUCAACGUCGCAUUAUAAAUGUAUACACGUGUUUAGUUACGAAACUGAGCUGUGAAAACUAGUGUGAAAUAUUUAAUAUAUAUAUAUACGUUUUUUUUUAGGAGUGGUGUUUUGUGUUGAAUUAACCUUGAGGUUUAUUUAUCAAACAGACUUUGAAUGGCUGCAUCACCUACGCCUAGGGGAAGCGCAGAGAGGAAUACUUAUGAUAGUGCGGCCGAAGAAAAAACCCAAUAGAUAAUAGUUGCAAAAGGAACGACUAUGGAGCAUUGCAUGCUAGCCGUGGUGUUCGCAGUCCUGUCCUUGAUAACAACAGGAGUAUCAUCGCUGCAGUGCUACCACUGCCUCAUCAACCCGCCGCCGGGCCAAUACUACAACACCACGAAGCGGCUGUGCGUGCACUUCGACCACUCCGACAAGUUCAUCGUGGACUGCCCCUACUCCACCAUGUGCAUGAAGCAGGAGUUCCAUCUCGACAUCCAGAACGGAGUGAGGAUAAACGGUGUGCUCCGCGACUGCGCACCGCAGAAGCACGAGUACCAAGACUACAAGAACGGAAGGUGGUCACCCAAGAUGGAGAUAUUAGAACCUUACCAAGAAGGUUGCAUCAACGAUGACGAUAAAGGAGAGAGGAGUACGCCUAAUAGAUAUUGUUACUGCCGCAACAGCCUAUGCAACGCGUCACCGAGCACGAGCCACGAAGGCUACACAGAUAUCAUGGGCGUCAUAGUCGUGUUCAACCUCAUGAAGUACAUCAACAGCCUUAGGUAGUAGUCGCAGCAACGCGUAGGAAUUAAUUAUAUUACGUAAGUUGCUGCGCCACGAUGAGUAGUAAGCGAAGAUGUCCUGCGUGGGCGACCAGCCUUAGCCAGAAGGACAUCUCAAUAAAUCUGCGAAUGUUACUGCGACUGGUGUAGCCGAGAAUAUUCCGAACAUUUAUAAAAUAAUGGAACUAUGUACGUAUUUGAUUCAAACUAGCAAGAGCAAUUGGGCACUCCAAUAGCUUACUACUCCGUGCCAAGCAACCGCUCGCAAUGUUUUGUGAUAUAAAUAAAAGGGUAUAGUGACUUUUUAAUUUAAGACAUAAAAUAUUCUUUGUAUAUCUGUAUUUAAUUAAUAAAAUAAUUUGUUACUGUU